GGCAGAGUAAUCCACCUGGAUUAUUUGUUUACAUACUUUCACCCCUUCCCUUCCUUAACGUUGAAAAUUUAUGUACCCUAAUGUUGAAAUCUCGCGAAUGAAGACGCGGUUGACCUCAUCGUUGAAGGGUUUGCUGGACGCCAUUGACUUACUGGACGCCAUUGACAAGGGAACCGCAACCAAUAUCCAUUUGGGUAGUUCGAAUAACUACUGUCGGCAUGUUUGAAUUUGUGGAGCUUGUAAUUCACCAUGGAGGGAACUUUGUGAGUAGUCCUCAUUCCAUGUACGUAGGUGGUGCAGUGGACAUCAUCAAGGUGGAUCCGGAUUUCAUUAGCUUCCCUCAUUUGAUGAAGUCCUUACAAUCAGGAACAUAUGGCAAUAUAAGUGAACUGUUUUUCAAAAGACCUGAAGAACCAAUGGAGUUGCUACGUCCCUUGUUCAAUGAUGAAUCCACCCUACAUCUAAUAGAAAUGGCUAGCAGGUGUGGAAAGUGUGAGAUUUAUGCGCACCAUGGUCUGGAUGAGCCUGAAAUCCUUGAAAUCCCUGUUUUACCUGUGCCAGGUGCAGAUGAGGGUGAUGCAAAUGUUCAUGGUGAUGGUAAUGAUAAUAUUGAAAUUGAAAGUGAUGGAGAUGGUGAAGCAUCCGAGGAAGAAACUGAAGAUACUAUACAAGAUGAUGGUGAAGACGAAGAACAUCAAGAUAGGCAUGGCCAUGAACAGAACACACAUAAUGAAACUUCAGAAGAUGAAGACAGUGUUGAAUAUGACUCAUCCAAUCCACCAAGCUAGAAUGGUGAUUUACAAAGUGAGGAAGGGACUCCAAAAGUGUUUCAUUCGUACAACCCUGAUUGUGAACCUCCUAACAUAGAGGUGGGCAUGUAUUUUGAAGAUGGUGCACAAUUCAAGAUUGCUCUUGUUAGAUAUGCUGUGCACGAGAAAAGAGAUAUUAAAUUUGCAAAAAAUGAGCCUUUAAGAGUGCAGUACAAAUGUGCCCCUACAUGUUCUUUUGCAUGCACUGGCAGUUGGGAAGAGAGGUUGAAAUGCUUCCAAGUGAAGGUGUUAGAUCUAGGGCACAAAUGUAAUUUGAAGUAUAGGUUAGGCAUUGUGAGCCAGAAAUGGAUUGCUGAAAGGUUUGAAGACAAGGUUGUUGAGGACCCUACUAUGACUGCAUUGGAGUUCAAGAAACUAAUUAAAGCUGAGCUGAAAAUACAUGUCUCAACAAGUAUGGCGACUAGGGCUUUGAGGGAUAUUCAUAAGAAAACUGAAACAGAUUGGAAGGACCAAUUCAAAAAAAUUAGG